UCUAAUCUCCAACCCCUUCCUUAGCGAUGGAUGUCCUGGUGACGGAGCUCAACGUUCUGCUGAAGCUGCUGGACAACGAGACUCUGAGCUUUCAUACUGAGGAGAAGAAGACCUCUGUUAGGAACCUGCUGAAACAACUACAGCCCACAGUGACAGGACCAGACUACUUGUCCAUGAACACGUCAGUCUACAGACACGGCACCAGCUUUGUGGAAUCCCUCUUCGAGACCUUUGACUGUGACCUGGGGGAGCUGAAAGACAUGACAGAGGACAGGAAAGAGAAGCAGGACACACACACAGAGACACACACUGACACAAUACCCUCAAAACAG